GAGAAGUGAUGUAAUUGUUAUCGUCUGCAUCAGUCACAAUGAAAUUGUCAACGUAUGCAGAUUGUUUUGAUGGUUCCGAAACGCUGUUGUCAACGUCACCCGGUGAACUGUAUCAGUUUACACAACAACUUCACAGAGACGAUACGGCUUUGAUUGAAGAAAUGGUGAAAACUGACGAUCUCGGAGACCUAGCUUGGCUGGUUGGAUAUAAUGCUUCACCCGAUGGCUUACCCAAAGACAAGCCUGACUCAAAACUUUCUUACAAGAAGAAAUCAAAGAAACUAGCUGCAGAUGUCCCAAGUGCUAUGUCUGGUGAAGAAAGGGGACACAAACCACCAUUUACAUAUGGGGAACUCAUUGAGGCUGCCUUAACUGACAAAGGUCCACUAUGCCUUUCAGAUAUUUACAAUUGGAUCAGGUCAAAGUUCUCAUAUUACAGAGACCCAAUCAAUUUAGGAUGGCAGAAUGGAAUUCGCCACCGUUUGUCUACAACGCCAAGGUUUGUUGUGUCUAAGCGCAGAGGGGAGCCAGGUAAAGGAGGUGUGUGGCGUAUAGCUGAUGAAUCCACUUUGCUCAGAGUUAAAGCAGAAGCAGCAGAAAAACACCACUGGAAAAAACAGAAACUAACCGAGUAUGAGACCAACAGUAAAUUCAGAGUGCGACGUAGACGGGUGCCGGAACCCAUGGAGCCUCAUUUUGACAUAGAGUCAUGUGACAUGGAGUCAGCCGAGGAAGACGAACCUCUCCAAAGUACUGAGGCAAAUUCCCUUGGCCGACCAAUCAUCCCAGAUGGAGUGAUAGCAAUGGGGCUAGGAAGAAAGACAACCACCAAAGAUCAACCCAAUAAGAUCCAUGACAUAGCUGUCCACCCAAAAACAAACACCCUUAAUACCAUAGAUGUAAAUCAGCUGUACACCCCCAAAGAUGAUGCCAAUAAAGAAAACGAUGCAAUUCACAAUGUAGAUGAGGCGGAGAAUGCUGUAAAACUAUUAAAGAAGUUCACUGACAAUAUGCUGGAUGAUGAGUUUAUUGAUGUGGUGAAUAACUCAUCAGAUGAUGACUCUAAAGAUGGGAAGACGAAGGCUGAUGGUGAGGUGGAAGAUGAGGAAAAUCCACUCCCAAAAAGUAUCACUAAGAAAACUGAUAAGUCCAACUCAGACUCAAAGAUAAAAUGUGAUAAACCACCAAGCUCUGUCAGUAUGAAUGAAGACGCUGCAGCACCAAGGUCAAAUGAUGCGAACAACAAAGAGGAUGCAGCGUCAACAUUGGAUGCAUCAAGCAAACAGGACCUGGUAAAACACAUGGCAAUAGAGCUGAUCAAAUCAAUAACACCAAAGAGCAGAAAGACAGCAACUGAUAAAGGGUUGAGUGAUGAAUCUAAACAUGAUACAGAGAAGAAAGAAAAGAAAACACCUGAUAAUGACUGUCAAACCCAAGAGGACACAAUUCCUAGCGAAGCAGAAAUAGAUGACUUGAGUGGAGAUGAAGAUGACUUAAUAUCAGAUGAAAGUGUCCAUUUAGAUGACACCGAUGAUGAGAAUCUUUCAACUAGUGUUACCCAUUGGAAAAUACAGAUGGAAGAUGAUAUUGAGCUCCAAGAUGAGACCAUUGAUAAGAACAAUAACAGCAUGAUGGAGCCAAUCAAAACCCCAAGUGAGAAAAAUGAAGAUGCAACGAAAACGAAACAUAUUAAUUUGGAACCAAAAGGAGAUAAAGUAAAUCCCGAUGGAAAAUCCAUCGUAUGUAGUAAAUUAGGCAGCAUUGUCCGAUUCAAAGUGAAAAAUCACAAAGAUGUCUAUAAGGGACAAAAGUUUAAAGUUGUUCCUCUUAAAACCCCAGUUACAACUAAUCCAUCUGUAGACAAGGCUACAGAUGUACUGUCAAAGUGGGCCUCAGAAGUUGAGGUCAAAAAUCAGAAAAUCGUUGAUCAGUUCAAAGAAAAUGCAAAAAGCAAGGACCCGAAAACCACCUCAUUUGGAGACUUUGUUACCACACCAGGAAUUUGGACCACGAUUACAGAACCGGGAAAGAGAGACAAGAUCUGCAUGAAUAAGAAACUGUUGCAGAAAUCAAAAGAGAAACGCAAAAGAAAACGAAGCUUGUCCAUUGGAGAAACAUCAUACAAUAUGAAACCUGGUCCAAUUGAGUUACAUAAAAGACAGUCCCCAUGUAAAUUCCCUAAAAAAACAAAGCCAAAUAUCCCUGCACCAAGGGCUGUAAAAUCAGAUGGGAACCUUCUACAGUAUGCAUCGAUGAGUGGAGAUAUUCCCAUUAUCCCAAAGGGUCUUCCUGCCUUACAGACCAACUGGAUACCAUACAGUCAACAUGGUUAUGUGCCCCUCCAAGCUCAAGAAAACGUACUGGCAUUUAUGAAGAAUAAAACUGCGAGAAAGUCAAAAUCUAACAAAGUACAAGGUGCUCAAAGGUCACAAUCAGCAACAUAUAAUGGUGCUGAAGAUGCAACGGGAAAUCACCACCAACGCAUUAUGAACCCACGAGCUAACUUCACUAUUGCUACUCCGAUGAUGCCGAGAUCAGAAUUAUCAAAUAUCCAGAGUCUACUUGCCAAUAAGCCAUCUGCGGUUAACUAUCCCAGCGCAAGAUACCCCCGCAUGUUAAACACCCAGAAUGCCCCUGCUCCACAGGGUCACCUUGGAAACCCAUAUAAUACACAAACACCUCAGAUGUCAACUGCUCAGCACCCAGUUGUACAAAUAUAUGACCACUAUAGCCAGAGUUUACUGUCCCCAGGUGGAGGGGACCAGCCAGAAAUCAUGUCCCUCGUACAAAAACAAAACAAUUAUCUAUGCCCCCAAGUUUAUUCUAAAAACAACCUACCUCAAAACGUCCAUACCAUGCCUCAAAAUCCCCAAAUUCAAAAUGAAAGUAACCCUCCUCAUGGGGUUUUAUGGAGUCAAGGGAAUGAGAUCCAUGUGCCAGAGGUCCUUCAAAACACACAGAAAGGAUAUUUGGCACUAGGUCCACAAGUCAUUCAAGGUACACGAAAAGGCAAACUAACAAUCCAACCACAAGUUCCUGACAACUCACAAAAGGGACAAAUAACAUUAGGGCCAGAGGUACUCCAAAAUAUACAUAAGGGACAAUUAUUACUGGGAUCACAGAAAGGACUACAAACACAGGGACAGGGGAUGCAGACAACAUUCAACUAUGAAGGCUGCGAUGUGCCAGUGGAGUGUACUCAAGGAUUCUAUGAAGGAUGGUGUGAUCCCAGCAUGCAAUACAACGGCACACCCUACAACAAUACCUCCUUCAUGUCUCCUACAGGUUUUACUGGCACUGGUAGCUGAAAAUAUAUACAACUUACACAUCACAAACUGACGAUAUUAUUAUCGUGUGCUGAACUAUGACAUGCAACAUUUUGUGAUACUGGUCAAGGUUUCACUGAAACCCCUCAACACAAUAUUUGCCAGUUGCUCAAGCCAAAGUGAAACAUUGCUGGAUAGUUUGCCAAAAACAUUCCAUUUAAAUAUGAACUUUGUGCCAAAUGUUGAAAGGCAUUAUAAAAUGCACAUUGUGCCAAGUGCAUCAUAAUGUGAACAUUG